AUGAUUAUUCGGGAAAAAAAUCUAUUAUUGGCUAGAUUAGAACAGGAUAAGACAGCACCCAAAGAUGAUGAUGAAUAGGAUAAAACUUAAGAUGAAAAAGAUACUGGCUAAAAUGAACCCGCAAAGGAAGAGGAUAUAACCUGUGUGAAAUAUCUAAAGAAUGUGACAAAUUAUUUUAUGGAGUACAAUAAGACAGUAACAAAGAUUUUAAGAUAUUCUGGUAAGGACUAUAAUGAUUUCGGUAAAUAUGAGGACUGCCUAAAUAUCAAAGAUGAGAAAUUCAGCUACAUUUUGGCAACGAUACCCAGGGUGUUUCCAAUCCCUAUUUCACUUGGAUUAUGCUUGCCUGCCAUUUGCACCUCCUAAGAUUUCAAUAAUGCAAAGCCGUAUCUUAUUGAGGUUAUCAAUCAGUACAUUCCAGAGAUAUUUUAGGGAUUAAAAGGUUUUGAUUUGAGUUUGCAAAUCAAAGAAAGUGAUCUACACUUUGAGAAUAGUAAAGCAAGAAACGAUGAGGCAGCUAAAGCAGAUGCAUUAACGUACAUCAUGAUAAUACUGAUUGUGUUUCUUUCAAUCACAGUGAUUGCAUCUAGUUUCCUUAGUUGGAGAAGCAAAAAGCAAACCUAAGAUAGAAGACAGUCAUAAAAGAACUAGAAAGUGGAGAAAGAAUAGACAAAGAAUGCCAUUAAUGAAACAAUGGAGAGUUUGAGAAGCGAAUAAAUUUACAAUUUAGACUCUGAUAGCAGUGAUAACUAAAGUGUUAACAGUAUAAAUAGUCGCAAUAGUCAAAAGUCCGGGGACGAGGCGUAACCAAAGAAAAAAAAGAAGGGCAGAAAGCUGACUCAUUUUCAAAAGAUUGUAAAAUCUUUCUCUGUUCAAAAUAGCAUGAGAACCCUAUUUACUCAAAGAUAAAAAACAAACGAUAUCCCAGAGUUUAACUAUUUGAAUUUUGUUAGAGUCUCAAUAAUUUGUUGGAUAAUAUUUGGUAAUACUUAUUACUAUAUUUUAAAAGGGCCUCUUUAAAACAUUGAAGUAAUUCAGGAAUGGAUGUCUGAUUUAUUGUUCGCGAUCGUACUUAGUGCAGAACUAGUUGCUGAUAUUUUCUUUUGGCUUACAGCUUUUCUUGGCUGCUAUUACUUACUUAUAAAGACACAUGAAAAUUCUGGAGCUGUGGGGCCAAUUUUCAAAUUCUACUUUAAGAGACUUGUGAGACUAUUUCCAGCUUAUGCAUUCACUCUAUUUUUCUUCUGGAAAAUCUUAUUAGUAACAGGAGGCGAUGGCCCUGCUUUUUUCUCAUUUUAGUAUUCCAUAGAGUGUUCAAAGUAUUGGAUUUGGCAUUUAACUUUUUUGAAUAAUCUGAUCCCUUGGAACUAAGACGACACUUGUAUGGACUGGACAUGGUAUUUAGCUAAUGAUAUGCAAUUUUAUCUCCUCAUUCCAUUGUUUGUUAAACUUUACUAUAACAACAGAAAAUGGUUCUUCAUCAUAUUUGCUAUCUUCUUGAGCUUUUCUAUGAUCGUAUAGAUAGGAGUCAUAGCUGCUAAUGAUUUAUCAGCCAGCUACUUUACUUAUAAAGAUGAAUAUUUUACUAUUUACUAUGUGAAACCUUACUCAAGACUUCCAUCAUUUUUGUUUGGGGUAUUAGGGGGAUGCGCAUUCUACACAUUUAAAAAUGAAGAUCCUGAAUCUAUGAGAGUCUCAAAGGUUUUCCAAGCUCUGCUUUAUGCUAAACCUAAAGCGAUUGCUUCACAUAUCUUAGGAACUAUCCUAAUGAUCUUGAUGAGCAUCUUUUUGUAAAUUAUGAAUAAUACUCCAAAUGGAUCAUCAAAUGCGAUAAAUAUUCUCUUUCUAGUUUUUGGAAGAAUGCUAUUUAUAAUAGGGUUUUCAAUGCAGAUAUUCCCAAUAUUAGUAGGAUCUCCAGUUUUUCAGCCAAUUAGAUUGGUUUUAUCUCAUGAUUUAAUUACACCUUUCUCAAGACUUUCAUAUGGCGCUUUCUUGUCUCAUGCUAUUUUCAUGCAAUUUAGGGAAUAUAAUGUUGAGAGGGGGUAAUGGGCCUGUGCUUUCGAUGCCUUCCUAAUGUUCUUAGCUUACACCUCACUGGCAUUUUUAUACUCUUUGUGGAUUAGUUUACUAUUUGAUUUCCCUCUAGCUUCACUAUAUAGUCUUUAUUUCAACAGAUAAAAGAAAAGAAGAUCAGUCAGCAACUCAGCUAUAUAGUAGGAAUAAAAUGAUCAAAAUAAUAUUGAGGAGGGUUUAUAGCCAUCUUAUUCUAUUCAAAGUGAAAAUGAUUCAUCAGAAAGGAGAAGAAGCUUGCUAACAGAUCAUGUAAAAAAGAAUAAGAAAAUUUAUUCAAGAGAUAGAAGUGCUUCAGGAGAUACUGAGGAUUUAGAAGAUACAAAUUAACAAUUAGAUAACUCAAAAAAAUACUCAGAAUCACCCUCAAGUCAAUAUUAAUAUAGUAAUGGAAGCAAGAAACUAAAAACCAACCCCAGUAUCAAUAAAAGAGAACGUAGUGUAAAAGCUGGUAUUUUAAAGAAAAAAUGA